AUCAACAUUAAUAUUCUAAUUCCCCGGAACCCAAACACUAGCAUUUCUCUCCCUUUAUCUAGUUUUAAUCCAAUCCACUCAACUCCACUAACACCCUUGUGCAAAAGUGAGGAAUAGAUCAUUAGAGUUGCCAUGAAGUUUUGGAAGAUCCUGAAGAGCCAGAUUGAGCAGACCCUCCCUGAGUGGCGUGACCAAUUCUUGUCCUACAAAAACUUGAAGAAACAAUUGAAGGUUAUGUGUCCCAAAGAUGCUCUCACUCCACCCCGUUUGGAUGCUGAUGAAAUCAACCACUUCCUUCACCUCUUGGAGCUUGAGAUUGAUAAGUUCAAUGCUUUCUUUGUUGACAAGGAGGAAGAAUAUAUCAUUAAAUGGAAGGAGUUGCAAGACAGAGUUGCCAAAGUCAUGGAUUCAAAUGUGGAGUUGAUGUCACUAGGGAGGGAAAUAGUGGAUUUUCAUGGGGAGAUGGUUUUGUUAGAGAACUAUAGUGCACUCAACUACACAGGUCUAGUGAAGAUAAUAAAGAAAUAUGAUAAGAGAACUGGCGCACUACUUCGCUUGCCUUUUAUCCAAGAGGUGUUAAACCAGCCCUUCUUCAAGAUUGAUGUGCUUGACAAGCUUGUAAAGGAGUGCGAGGUGAUACUAAAUUUUCUUUUCAGCAAUGAUCCGUGCACAUCAAUUAGUGAGGAUUUUGAGGAAGAUGGGUGUGGCUCCAUGGAUAGAAAUGAGAAUAAAAAGACACUGAUGCAUGUUCCCAAAGAACUUGCUGAAAUAGAAAAUAUGGAGAACAUGUUCACCAAAUUAACUUUAUCAGCACUGCAUACCUUGGAAGCAAUUAGGGGUAGAAGCUCAACUGUAAGCAUUUUCUCAUUGCCUCCUUUGCAUAACUAGGCUUUGCAGUUGCAAGGGGAUUGAAAA